AGGUGCAGCAGUGCUCAUCCCGUUGUGAUGCAGCAACCUGUACGACCUUGGCUACUUGGUCACCUAACUUGACCCAAACCUCGAGCAACACAUCCUUCCCGUGUGUUGCCGAAGGAGUGGAUUCGGUGCAGCUUAUGGAUGACUGCCUGGAAAUGACAGACCAGUUGCCAGCCUCCGCUAUGUGUGGCCAUGUGGGCUUUACUGCCACAAGCACCAUUUUCGAUGCCUUAGGAGAUGCGCCUGUUGAUUGUGAACUUGCGCCAAGCUGCCCAGCGAGCGUGUUGGAGACAACACGGCUGGAACAAUCGUGUUGCUUUGGAACUCACUGGUCCUUGAAGCUUGAUGCAAAUGGUGAGGCAACCAAUGAAACAGCCCCAGGGUUUUGCCAAAUGGUGGCCCACAGCAGCGAGGCCAACGGAUCAAGCAACGAACAGUUCGAGUGCAUUGUAAAAACAGCUGCACCAGGAUGGAAUGGUUGCGCUUGCCUCGACACACGGGGGUUCAAUCGUGCGGGGCACACAUGCACAACCGCGCCACGAGCUGAUUGGGUGCUGGUGCAGUGCAAUGUGACGAUGAGCGUCCGAAGAUUGGCUCCAAGGUGUGAGGCACCAGGCUGCAACUUGCCACCAGAUGGUAUAAGGCCUGUGCCCAGCGCAUGGCUCAGCUCAGAGGUCAUAGGAAGCUUGCUGAUUGACCAUGGCAAGUUGGCAUCUGCCAUUGCCUUGCCACUGUCCUCAGUCAGGUGGACAAUAUCGUUGCUCUUGGUUGUUUUUUGUUCUAUUUGGCCAAGAUGAUUUGAACCGAUUUUGCCGCUUUGUUUAGAUGUGUGACAAGUGUAUUUUUAAUUGAUGCAGUGUCAAAUUUGACACCGCCACAACUUUACGCUUUUGCCAAGCAAAGCUUGCAUGUAAUGGGACGAAGCACAGUCUGAAUGUGCCAAAGGAGAUGAUUUGCAUGUUCUAGCAGAGAAA